AUGCCCUUGAAAAUUAUGCAGCAAAAAACAUAGUCGCUAGGCCGAUGUAAUGAUUAAGGAAGUAUCAUCACUUUCUAUAUUUUACAUCCAUUGAUGGCAUUCAAGGUUGCCGUCGAAAAUUCCAUUAAUCAUUCCGCUUAGCAACCACAAGUGACUUACGUACUUAACUAAAAAUGGAACGCUCUCGAGUCAUAGAAAGUAUUGUGUAUAAAACAUCCAACAGUGUAGUAUAUAAAUGUGUUUGCAUUGAAAAUGGCUGUGACAUAUAACGCACAAUGCACGAGCAGGAGGGCGAAGGGGAGCCGGCGCACCACGCGCGGCGGCCCAUGAACGCCUUCCUCAUCUUCUGCAAACGGCACCGCAGCGUCGUGCGGGACCGCUACCCAAACCUGGAGAACAGAUCCAUAACGAAAAUUCUAGGCGAAUGGUGGGCUAAUUUGGACAAAGAAGAGAAAUCUUGCUACACGAGUCUUGCUAAACAGUAUAAAGACGCAUUCUUCAGCGCCAACCCUGACUUCAAAUGGUACAAGUUGCCCGCGCCCCCACUCCGCACGCUCUCCUCGCGGCCGCGCGACGCCGACAAGACUGCCGAGUCCCCCCCCGACUGCCACGACCACGACCUCGAGAAGACCAAUAACAACUCCACUAGAGUAGAUCUAAACAAGAAACCUGCCGACGAUGCCUUCGACAACGAAGCGAAACCGUUAUCGAUGUUCACUCCCGGCAAGCUUGCGGAUGAAGCCCAGAUGGGGGGCCUCAGCAGCCUCCUGGCCACUAAGACUGAAAUACAAACCCCCAACCCCUAUUACUCACCCCCCUCGUUUAAGUUUAGCGCGAUCUCAGCACCAAUGGAAGACCGAUCUCAACACAUACUGCAGCGGGUCAAUAUUAAAUGCAAUAGAGACGACGAACUGCAAGACGCCCUCUCCGAAACCACGAGGAUAUUCGAAGAGGACUUCGAUGAGAAGGGACGGAUAUAUCGGUACGGCGUUCCCAACGAUCAAUUCACCAACCAGGAUGUCAUCAAUCAAAUCGUCGAUAAGAGGUACUCCACCGAGGAGGGGUAUCAAAGGAACUGGUCGGACGACGAAAAAUCCAAAUCCGGUAGGACUUGCAAAGGCAAGCGAUACCAGGAAUUCAUGGCCGUCGGGGGACUGAUAGUGAAUAAGCGACCGAGACGAGACUUCGCCGACAAAAUGCCAGACGAAAGCUACAGCGCGUCCUGCAGUUGGGAUCCUGGCAACUCCUACGAGGAAUCCUAUAUCGACGACUUGAAACCGAACUACGUGAACGAGGUCAUCAUAAAAGACGAAGUUAAACCCGAACCCGCCGACAUCGUCGAUCCGGACAACAACUCGAGCAAAACAUUCAAAGCUGCCGACUUCGAUUUGGACGCCAAGAUACGAGCACUGCCCUCCCUCAGCUUGGAGAAGUUCCUCCAGAAGAAACGCGAGAACAAACGCAAAAAGAAAACUAUCAAUUUGAAGCCGAAGGCGCUCGAAACGUCGCAGAUUAUAAACUCCGUGCCGCGGCCGCCAUACGACGAGCGGCGGGAGAUGGCGGAGAGAUGGCGCGAGCAUGUCAUCGGCAGUCAGAAACGCAAGCCGCGGAAGAUCAGUAUCACACGACUGGAGGUAAACAGCAUGGUGUCGUGCGACACGACCGGCGCCGCCGAGACCAGCCCCGAGAUGAAGCUGGCGACGGAGGCGCCGUGCGGCGUGAUGGCGGCCAUGGAGGCGUGCGGGCAGGCGCACCACAGCGCUGGCUUACUGGCGCUGGCCACGCUGGCCGAGGUGGCCGCCAACACCUCCAAGAUCGAGGAGCCGGCCGCCGCCCCCGCCGCCCCCGCCGCCGCAGACCGCGCUUCCGAGGUAUGAAAUACCGACACUUAGCCUUAACCGAUAUUCCAAAAAUUAUUUACUCGAUAAUCAGAUAAUAUUUAUAUAUAGAUCUACAUUUUACAUGGUACGCAUAAAGAAAUAAUAUUAUUGUACACGUUUUAAUUGUAGUUUUUAUAAAUUAGAGAUAGACUUUAUUUAUAUAGAGAUAGAGAAGAUAUAUGUAUACCUGGGUUGAGUUCGUGUAGGCCGCGAUGUUCCGCUUUAUAGGAAUAAAAACUAAGGGUGAUAGAUAUAUAAAUAAAGAAAUAUAAAUUAUCACAAGAAUAAAAGAAGCAUAAUCUAUUUUGCAUGUAAAAACAUUAUCAGAUUUUAAAAAUACGGCGUGAUCCGUGUUGGUCAAUUAUGUAUCGGUUGCUGGAACACGCCGUAUUUGAUUUAUAUAUACAUAUAUAUACAUAACGAUGUUAUAUUAAAAAUAAAAUGCCAAAAAUAAGUCAUUGUAAAAUCAUAAACCUCAUUAUGUGUAACUUAGGUUAUUGAAAUCGCCUUAAUACUAGAUAAUGUCGCAACCGAGACACCACGCGCAGACUGCGUCGCAUUUGUAACGUGACUUUUUGUUUUUAUUGUAGUGUUGCAUGUUUGCAAACAUAUUGUAUAACAUUUACUUAAGGCACUUGUACAGAUUUGUGUUUUUAUCACAAUAUGUGUUAAAAAUUAGUGAUAAAUAUAACAACGUUAAUGAAUUAACGUACAUAAAUUGUUACUGAUAUUAUUUGUUUAAGAGAAAUAACCUUUUAAAAGGUUCCCUUUCUUUUUCAAAUUUCCAAAUUAUCAGUCCAUUUGUGGGUCAAACUUACAAUCCUUACCUUGUGAUAAAUAUUUAUGCUAGUGAAAAAAUUACAAUUUUACAUAGACGAAAUGGCACAAACAAAUGAUGUUUAAAAACUUUUAAUAAAACUGGCAACCCUGUUUGAUUAUCUAUAUGUGACAUUUCGCUUAUGUUUAGAUUAACCUCAGGAUUUUCCAAUCUCUUUUAUACAAUCUUCACAUGAACUAUCAUCACUCGACUUUGUCAAAAAAAAAUCUAAAAACAAAAAAAAAACUAGUUUUUACGUUCGUCCAGUACGUAAAACCUAUCCCAAUUAGGUACCUGAAAAUUAUCGAAAAAUUUUCAUGAUUUUUUUUAAAGAAAAUCGUUUUUAUUUAUAAGCUAUUUUAAUGUUCACCAAGACCGUUCAUCAAUUAGUUAGUAGUUCGUCCCAGAACAGUGUUUCUCAAAUAUUUUUUUCUAUGUUGUUUAUUUUUGUGAUGGAUUUUUUAAGGGCCUCUGUGAUCACUGUUAUUUUUCCUAUGUUUAAAUUAUACAGAAGGUGGAUGGUGCGAUGCUUACGUUGCAGGUCUAGUCUAGAAUAGUAUUUUAAUGAAAUAUAAUCAAGUACUAAAUUGGAAGUGCACUUAUAUUAUUUAAAUUAACAAACAAUGACACAAGCCAUAAUGUGACAUGCUCAUCCAAAGACCAAAUGUAUUUAUAGAGAAGCUAGGCAGUAGAAUAUUAGUAUGUACCUAAUAUAUAAGUGAUAUAUAAUUAGUAUAUUAUAAUGAAUAUAUUUUAAUAACCUCUAAACAUUAUGGCAACAUUUUGUCAGAUUUCUUUAUAGUUUUUUGUGUUGCAAUUUAUUUAUUUUCAAAUUUAAAAUUAUUCGUUUUUAUCUUAAAUUUUAUAAAUUGUUACGUUUGAAAAUUAAGCUUUUUAAAACUUUCCUAUAUUGAUAUAUUUGAUGAGCUUUUGAAGGUUAAUUUCUUUUAAAACUCAUGUUUUUUUUUAAAUCUGAAUAACUUUGAUGAGAUUUUUCAUCACAUAUUGAGCCUUAUCUUAUUCGAAACUAGUGUUAAGGUUACAAUAAACAAGGGGCCAGUAUGUGCAAAAGGAUGGGUUAGAUUGAAACGUUUUUGAUACAAAAAGGGGGCGUAUUGCCAAAUAAUUAUGGAUAUUGAUAAGAAAGUGAAGCUGUAUAAAGUAUUUAAAGGCGAUAUAAAAAUGGUGCUGGAAGAUCUGUUUUUUUAUAAAAGAUAGCCGUCGCACAAGUUUCCUAUUUAAGCCACGGAUCGUGUGGUAACCGAUUUUAUUAGUGUUAUAUGUAUAUUUUUGUUACUGUACUAUUUGUUUUAACGAAUCACCUCGUAUAUUAUUGAAAAUACAACGGUUGCGAUGUUUUAAUUUAAUCAAGGAAAUACAAACAAUGUCAAAGUUACAGUGUUUAUUUCUCCGUUUUGUUUACGUUAAGGAGAUAUUUUUUUUAAAUAUUGUUGCCAUUCUUAGUAUAUAAACAGCCGUGUUAAAAAGUGUUGUUUGCAGUAAUUUGUGUCAAAGUUCAUUAUUGGCUAUUCCAUCUUUAACUUUGAUAUUGUUUGUUAGAUAUAAAAUUAUGGGACGGUUAUUGGUUUGAGAAACACUGGUCUAAGUAAAUCGUUAAUUAGGGCAUAAUAAGUCAACACCCAAAGUGUUUUGUUGGCUCCAAAGUGUUUUGUUGAAUGUUUUGUUAAAGGCGAGUGUGGUUCAAUCUAUAUCUUUUAUUGUAGUAAUAAAGUUUAUUCAUAUUAACA